AUGGACUAUCAGGCGGAGAUUGAGGAUCAGCUCAGGACCAAUGUGCAGGCCCCAGGCCAAUGCCUGAGAGAUUUUGCGUACGACCAUCGAGCUCUCUGUCUAAAGUGGAGACCAGAUAUGACGGAGGCCGACAUGCUGGUGAAGGUGGGAUCUCUUAUUGAGAAAGACUGGAGCAACACAAAGGACUAUUGGAGCAGUGUUCAGCAGUCACAUCCUCCUAAAAGGGUGGGCAAAAAGAACGACCAUGGUCCAAACCGGAGCUCCGGUGGCGACGUCGCUACAGCUUUGGGCGAGCCGUCUCUCCUUGUCGUGCCGGUUCUACCUUCGCGGUUCCAAAGGCGAUGCGGUACUCGAUUCGGGAUGCACUUACUCCCUCAUGAGCACUCACUAUGGAAGGCCAUCAAGAAGGACGGAGAGAUUCUAGCGUCGAGUGAAAUCCCAAAGUUCGUAAUGGCCAAUGGUCAAGAGAACAAGGCUCUUGGGAAAGCCACCUUGCUCUUUUGUCUCCACGAUUUCCAUGGCAUGCUCGGAGUCCACGUUCUUGCUGACGACAACCUCUGCAUGCCACUUCUCUUGGGACUCGACUUUAUGUCCAUGUGCCAAGUAACUCUGAAGCCACAUUGUAGACGUUACAUAAUGCCGGGUGGCAAAGAGUACGCGUUUCUCCCCCCAAAGAGAUUGCUAAGGCCCAAGAGGCGGACCCUUCCUGUCAAGAGCUCGGGCCGUCUGACCGCCAAGCAAGCCCGGGUCGCAUCCAAUUACCAACUCCAACAGGACGUGUGGUACAGAGGCGUACCUUCCAAGUACGGAGGUUUUAAUUACCAAGUGGUGGUUCCGGCCGCGUUGCAGGUCCCUAGGGCCAGCAGAGUGGGACUGCACUCCCACUCUGCUGGAGCAUGUCUGCCUGAGUGCUACGGAGUUCUCGCGAGACGGUCCGCUCCGGACCCCGGGGUCUUGCUGGAGAAGGCCGGGCCGAGCGCAAAGCGGCCCGUGGAGGAGCGGCCCGUGGAGGAGCGGCCCACGGAGGAGCGGCCCACGGAGGAGCGGCCCACGGAGGAGCGGAGCGCCGUCUGGGAAACCGCUCCCUGA